AGAACGUUCCUUCCAGUCACCGAGGGCGCUCCGGAACCGGCCAAGUUCUCUGGAAUCUAUGUACAAGGUGCAGCCGACCCUGUGCCGCUCGUCUUUGUCGGCAAGGGCAUCACGUUCGACUCGGAAAGAAUCUCCAUCGGUGAUUAUACGUGA